AUGCUUCCCAAAGAACCUAAAUCUAACCUAAAACGCAUUUUAAAAACCACUGCGGGUGUUAUAUUCGUUGUAGAAGCUGCCGGCGUUGCUUUAACUUACGGUCUUUGGUACAGGCUGAAUACGGAAAGAGAUUUUCGUUUGUAUAUGCACAAAAAUUACAGUUGGGUAUUGGAGGGAUACUAUUCAUUGGGUGAAAAGGUUGGUGGGUUGAGAACUAGGGAGGUGGACAAGAAGAUUUGGGAAAACGAGGGAAAAAUUUAA